AUGGUGGGCCCGCCCCUAAUGGACCGCAUUUUUGUCUGGACUGGCGGUCAAUGCGUAGCUGCAGCUGUCAAGGCGAGCACUGAAUCCAGCCAAUUUGCAGAGACAAUAGCUACAAGCCAGCUAUGCAGAAAGGUUGGUGGCAAGUGGAUCGGUGGCCAUGACCCUAGUGGACAUUUUUUCUUACUAGUGCACUCUAGUGUUUUUCUUCUUAAUGAGAUCUUACCCCAGAUCGCGCACCAUACCAGCCAUACCGAACCAUUCGAUUGGAGUGUUAAAAUUCCACUCGCCCUUGUUGCAUUUUGGACGUGGAUGCUGUUAAUGACCAGUAUUUAUUUUCAUUCGGUGUUUGAAAAACUCACCGGUUUGAUCUUUGGUUACGCCGAGGUCUAUAUUGUGUAUUACCUUGGCGGCAAGUAUCCGUUCGGCCGUACAUUAGGUGUGCCUGAGACAAAACAGGACAACCUCGUCGAGGAAGCUAUCUAA